AUGUCCAGUAAGCAACACUCAAACUCUCCAUCACCGGUGCAAGAUCUCAUCAGACUCUCAAAAUUUGGAGGUAAUCAAUGGUGUGCCGAUUGCAGAGCUUCGAAACCUCAAUGGGUGGAUGUAACACAAGGAGUUUUUAUUUGUAUCAAAUGUGCUGGAAUCCGUCGAAGCAAUAUUUCCGUUUCAAUCUGCCGAGUAAAAUCAUUGACAUUAGAUCGGUGGACUCACACAGAGUAUGAACACGUACAAUCUCUCGGAAAUGUGAUUGUGAAUAACAAGUUAGAGGCAAAACUUGAUUCCGAAACGAGAUCACGUUUUGUUAAUAGUGAUUCAUCGAAAUUAAUGGAGACAUUUAUCGUGAGCAAGUAUGUGCAUAAGGAAUGGGCUCAAGAUAUCAAAUCGGAAGAAAAUAAUGAGUCUCAUGGUGAAGAUGAAAAGGAUGACAUGACGGUACCCUCUGCAUCGCAUUCCAUCGAGUCACCAACAAAAGAUCAAUUUUCUUCAUUGUUCAGUAGAAAAUUAAUUUUCGAUUUUAAAACGAUUGCCAAUUUAAGUCUUUCCGAUCAGUUUUACAAAAACUGUAGAAUAGCCAUGAACGAGAAUUUUGUUUGUCUCUUGAAACCGAACGAGGAUACUAUGUGUGAUACACAGGAUUACAUUCGAUUUAGCAUAAAGACGGGAAUUAUUUCGAAAAGACAACAAAUUACAAAUAGUACAUUACUGAUUUCAUGCAAUGUGGAUGGAAAACUUGAAUUCCAUUUACCAUCUGCUCACUUACAAAUUGUGAAUACUCGAAAUUCAAAAAUAGAAAAGGACAUUAUUAUUUCAGGAAAUUACAUUGAAUUUGCUAAAUGGUUGGAUGAUCACACUGUUGCUUUUGUAUCGUGCAGUUCGAGCGAUCAUUCAAGUGGAGAGAGAUGUCUAUAUCAUUGCACAAAGGAUUUGACAUUGGACAAUACUGUUCAAUGGAGCUUGAUAAAGAUCUUUGAAUUUUCAAAUCAACCUGUGGAAAAGAAAGUAAUAGAUAUUGAAAUGAACAUCUCAAAAGAUCAACAUAUCUGUCACCAAGCGAAAGGAGCACUGAAAUUUCAAUCAAGUAGAACAAUAGAAUAUCCGGCUACCCAUAUUGUGAACGAAAAAUUAGGAAUUUGUUCUUGUUUGGAUUGUUCUGGAACAUUAAUUUGUUUUGACUUGUACAAGCUUGAAAGAAUUCAAAAGGAUAGAAUUCCACAUAUAUUCUUACAAGUAGUUUCAACAGAGAAUGACUUUCUUUGUUUGGACUCAUCUUUGAAAUUAUUUAAAAUUACAUUUAGCGUCCAAUAUUUGUUGACGAUAGCAAUUCAAGAUCAAUGGAAGAGAACUCUUUUCGAAUACACACCCAGGAAAGAAAUUGAAAAUUGUAUUGAGCCCAUUUGUCAUUUAAAAAUAUUUGCUAGAGAUCAGCAUCAACGUGGAAGAAUUACAUGUGUGAAAGCAGUUAUCUCUAAAUAUUACCCACAACUGUGGCAUAACGUUAUUGAAAAAGAUCUCGAAUGUCCAUUCCUGUCACAACAAGAAUUAUUGGUUUUGAACGAGUUGAUGGCAUGCUUAAUGUAUGGAAAAUCAAAAUUUGAAAGUAGAGAUUUAUUUUCACUGGCAUGUAUUUUACAUUAUUGCGCGUCAGAGUUUCCGGAACUGACCACACUUCUUGAAACAUCCUUUUCAGAAAGCAUUUCCAUGGAAAAUGUUUUUUCAUUAGUUGAGAACAUCCGUAAUUUUUUGCUUGAUCAUCCAGACAGCACUCUAUUGAGAAAAUAUUUAACAGAAUGCUAUCAAUUUUUAAAAGAAUGCGAAACGGAAGAAAACAGUGAGCAAUUGGGACCAUUUUUACGUGAAAUCAAUGAAUAUCUUGAAAUCAAUGGGAUGAAUAACGAAUUGACGAAGCAACAACAAUCUCAACAGGCCCAACAUGAGCCACAAAACUCUCUGGGCUCACUCUUCUAUUCAAUGAUCCUCAAAUGA